AUGGCGGCCUCUGUAGCAGAGGAGAGUGAGGUUGUGACAACUUUAUCGGUCAUUUUAGGGAUUUCUAGGGAAUUAAUUGCUCAGUUUGCCACUAGACAUGAAGAUGCAACCGUAUUUCUACUCAAAGUCAAGCAGAUGUUUGAUGAAUACUCUUCUAAAGAGGAAAAAAUUCGCUCGGACAUGGCUACCCUUCGACGGGCACGUGUAGACGCAGAGCAACAGUUCAACCAAAUAGAGAAGCAGCUAAUCUCCUGCAAUGCCAAACUGGAGUCAGAGCAAAAACAGCAUGAAAGACUUCAAAAGGAACAUGAAGAAACUGUGGCUUCCCUUGCAGAAAAGCAGAAAAGACUUCAAGAAGUAGAGGGUAUCAAGGAAGAUGCAUCAGCUAAUUAUACACGUGUGUCACGACUCAAUGAACAACUUGAAUCAGAAAAACUAGAGCUCUUGUCAGUUGUAGAGCGGAAAAACCAGGAGAUUGACAGAUUGAAUGAGGAGUGGAAAAGCAUGUCAGAAAAACUGUCUGAAGCCAAUGCUGUCAAGUGUGCAGCUCAGGCCAAACUUGAUCAAAUUCAAAGUCAGGAAACUUCUUUCAAGUUCCGUGAAAAGAGAAUUGAACAAGAAAGGGAUCUUAUUGAACGACAGAAUAAAUGGCUGAAUGAAGAACUCAAGAACAAAACUGAUGAAUUGGUACAAAUUCGGAAAGAAAAGUCAUCCCAAGUAUUGGAACUUCAAACACUGUUGGAUCAGAGAACUGAAGAGCUUUCUCAUCUUAAAGCUUCAUCAGAGACAUUAAAGGAACAGAGUAAUGAGACAAACAGCAAAGUUGUAAGCUACAUGCAGCAGCUACAAGCGGCUCGUGAGCAGUUGAUUAAGCAGGACGACCACUUUAAAACAGAACUAGCUUCACAGUCAAAGCUGGCAGUACUUUAUAAGGAUAGUGCAGAUGAAGCAAAGAAGAAAAGUGAAGAACUUCUAACAGCAUUUGAAGAACUUCAAAAGCUACUAAAAGAAUCUAAUGAAAGUCGACUCGAACUUGAUAGCAGAUUCAAGGAACAGGAGAAUUCCCAUUUGGAGAAAGUUCAAGAACUUGAGGAAAAGAUCAACAAACUAGACAAGGAGCUUGAGAAUGCCAAUGAUUUAUUAGCAGCUGCAAGACAAAGAGGUACAGCACCUUUAACUCCAGUAGAGCUGAGCACACUUUCACCAACUGCUGCAGCAACAAGUUCGUUUAUGAAGUCUGGAAUGACUCUUACCCAGAUUUAUAGUCAAUAUGUGGAAGUCUCUGAUGCAUUGCAGCAAGAAAAAGAUGAGAAUAUCAGACUAAAACAGUACCUGGAUCAGAUACUGAAGGAAAUUGAGGAGAAGGCACCAGUGCUUCAACAACAGAGAAGAGAUUAUGAGCAGGCAUUAAACAGUGUGGAUCAACUGUCAAGGAGACUGGAUUCAGCUCUUGUGGAAAAUGAAGAGUCUAAAGUAAUUGCUGACGAGGCUACCAAAAAGAGUGAACAUCUGAAAAGAGAGAAUGACAGAUUGAGGAAUCUUUCUGCUGACCUAAGUCAACAGGUACAGGUCUUAUUGAAAGAAUGUGAGGAGGCAAGAGGAGGGGUGGUCAGCUCUGAUUUGAGUUUGCCUCCCAUGUCAAGCGCUGAGGUCACCAGCUCAUCACAAGUCAUCUCUGAACACCUUGUUACUUUCAGGAGUAUUGAGGAACUUCAACAGCAAAAUCAGAAACUUCUGGGAGUCAUCAGGGAAUUAAGUGAAGAGAAAGAAAAGAAGGAAGGAGAGGACAUUAUGAAGGGGUUACAGAAUCAAUUGGACAUGUCAUUGAAGGAAGUUGAAGUUCUUAAGGAAUCAAGAGAGAGGCAAAUGAAUAUGGUUGAGGCUGUGAUCAGGCAACGUGACAUGUACCGUGUUCUGUUAGCCAAUAGUGGACAAACUCCAAUCCCUACAGGAGACCUUGACCCAUCUGUUUUGGUAUCUUCUCCAUUACUCAAGACCCCUGAUAAAUCAAGUGCAGAACUAGAGGAAACUAAAGUAGCUUUAAAAGAACUACAGAGACACUUUGAAACUUACAAAAGUGAGAGAACGCAAGCUGAGGAGAAAUCGAAUGAGCUGCGAGAUAAAUUGCAAGCUGAGAAUCUUGAGUUAAAUGGAAGUAAUGCCAGAUUGAAGUCUCAGCUGGAGUUUGCUGAGGAACGUUAUGGAAUGCUAAAGUCAAACUCUGAGGCUUUCAAGAAAGAAGCAUCAGCUGCAUCUGAGAAGUCUCAUAGCUUGCAGACAGCACUCAGCAAGUUGCAAGCCACUCUUGACAGUGUAUCACAGGAACUGACAAACACUAAAGAAAAGUUAAAUAAACUUGAGGUCACUUGUGAAAAUUUGAAAGCAGAGAAAGCCAUGAUGAAGGAGUCAGAAGUUCGUCUAAUGCAGGAAAACAAAAGCUUGUUGGAACAUCAGAAAUCACAAAAUGUUCUGGUCACAAAUCUACAGACUCUUCAGAAUAACUUAGAGAGGUCUGAGUUUGAGGCAAGAACAAGACUCGGUUCUCAAGUUGAGACCUUACAGCGUGAAGUAAAUCUACUGAAGAGGAAGCUGGAAUCUGAAGACAAGCAUCACAAAAGUGUCAUUGAUACCUGGCAGAACCGUGUUCAAGAACUACAAUCACAACUGAAUGCAGAGAUAAAAACUCACCAGCAAGCAAGGGAACAGCUGCUAACUUCAACCAGGGAUGUUGACUCAGUGCAGCUCAGAUGUACUCAAGCUGAAGCCCAACUGCAAGCUGCUGAAAGACGAAUAGCUGACAUUUUAGGAAAAGAUACGAGUUCUCUCCAAGAAGCUGAUGAAGAGAGGAUCAGAAAAGAAGUUGAAGAACAGUACACCAUCAAGAUUCAGGAAUUUGAGUUGAAAUUAAGCACUGCAGAGGUAAAAAUCAAAGGCCUUGAGGAACAAUUGGACCAAGCCAAAAAACAUGUUGAACAAUUUAGAUCCAUGUCAGAAGCCAAUGAAUCAGCCCUUGGUGACUUGAACAAGGCAAGUGAUGAAUUUAAACGAUCUACUGAGGGUAAACUCAAGACAGCAGAGCAAGAAAUUGCCCAGUACAAAUCUCAGAUGGCCACUCUUCAAGCCUCAAACCAAGAUCUCAGUGCAGCAAGAGCCAAAUUAACCAGAGAAACAGAGUCACAAACCAAGAGUUUACGAGACGUGUUGAGUAAGGUUAGGGGGGAGCUGGAUGAAGCUUUAAAGAAGGCGCAGACAUCUACUGCUGCUGAGAUGACGGCCAAAGAGGAACUGAAGGAACAGGCUAUGUUGGCUGCAGAGGCUCAAGAUAAGUAUGAGAGAGAACUUGUCCUCCAUGCUAAUGAUGUUCAAGCUUUGUCCACAGCUAAAGAACAGCUUCAAGAACAGAGUAGUAAAUUUAAAGAAGUAGAGGACCGUGCCCUUGCAGCAGAGCAGAAAUUAGAGGAAUAUGCCAAGUCUUGGGAGGAUCAGAAAAAGGCAAAAGCUUCAGAAGCCAAAAAACUAGAGGCUCGCUGUGCUGACCUUGUGAAUCAGAACUCUAUGCUUCAUGGCCAACUAGAAAAGCUCAGUUCCCAACUUGCUGGUAGUAAACAGAUGGCGUUGAACAUCCCUGUGACACUCCAAGAGGGUGUGGCACUAGAAGGAGGGGAAGAGGCUAACAAAAGUAUUGAAGAACUCUGGGAAAUCAUCAGAUUUGUUCGUCGGGAAAAGGAGAUCUCUGAGACCAAGUGUGAACUAUCUCAGUCUGAAAGUAUUCGCUACCAGCAACGCUGUGAAUACUUAGAGGCACAAGUGGCAGAUCUGCAGAAGAACAUGACUGAGGAAAGAACACAGUCAGAGAUCAACACUCAGACUGCAGCUCAGCAUGCAGAGAUCAUGGAGAAAGUGGAGCGACUGAAUGAAGUUAUUGAGAGCAAUAAAGUACUGACAAAUGAAAAAGAGAGAGCUGAAAAGACAGUAAAAGAGCUUGCAGAAAAGAUCAAGGGACUAGAGGGGGAGAUGAAACCUCUGAAGGAUGGUGUGCAGUCACUUACAUCACAGAAAGAUGCUUUGUUGGCCGAGAAAACAGCUCUUAAAAAUGAGAUUGUGCGCUGGACAGCAAAGAUCAAACAGUUGACAGAACAGUACAAGGAUGUUGAUGUUGAUGAGUAUAAGAGAAUUAAAGAGGAAAAGAAACAGUUUCAGCAACAGAUAUCCAGCCUGAAAGCUGAUAAUCAAAGAAUAAGAACUCAGACAGAAUCCUUGAAAUCUGACUUGUCAAAAACACAAGGAGAGUUAGCAGGAUUAAGGGCAAUGUCACAAAAAUCAACUGAUCAGCUGGGAAGUUUGAAAGAAGAACAUCAGAAAGAACUAUCUAAAAUGCAGCAGGAAGUAGAAUCACUAAAGGCAUCUGUAGAAGCCAAGACAAAAGAAGUCAACGAAAAGAACGCAACCCUGCUGCAGGUGAAACGAAUAGCUCGUCGUUACAAGACCCAAGUUGAUGAGCAAACAAAGGAGAUGGAAGAGCUCAAGAAAAAGACCAAUGAGGCUGGGCAGUCCACAGCUAACGGAACAGCAGAAGCUGCAUCUUCUGGGGUGACAGCUGCAGAAAAUGUUGAUGUUGCUGCACAGGAGAACAAGAUCAAAGAGCUAACAGAACAGGUAAAGAACUUUGAUGAGGAAGUAAAAAAACUUAAAAAGAUAGCUCGUCAUUACAAGACUCAACAUGAGGAACAAACUAAGGAAAUGGAGGAACUGAAAAAGAAAUUUGAAGACUCUGGGCAGGCCACAGCAGAAGGAGUAUCACCAGGUGAUGCAUCUAGUGGUACUGCUGAUCUGGCAUCAGAAGAGAACAAGGUGAAAGAGUUAACAGAACAGUUGAAGACUGCAAUGGAUGAGGUCAAAAAACUGAAAGAGUUGGAUGAGCAGAAUAAGACAUCCCUGAAGGAGAAAGAGGAUAAGAACAGGAAAGUGCUAAUACAAGCCAGAGAAAGGCUGCAGCAGCUUUCAGCUACUAAGGACAGACUGAGUGCAGAAAAUGAAGAAUUUAAGAAGAAACACAAGUCACUGAGUGAUGAGAAGGAGGCAGUAACCCAGCAAUUGACUGAAUUUGAGAUGAGAAUGAAAGUCUUGAACUCACAAUGUGAAGGGAAAGUAACAAGGUUGGAGAAAGAGCUACAAGAUUAUAAAACAGCUAAUGACACAAAGGAGAAGGCAGUUGAAGAAAUGAAGAAACAAAUAGAGGAGUACAGGCAGAAAGAAAAAGUUGAUGUGGAAAAACUUCAACAGAAGCUGCAACAAUAUCAAGCACUGAUACAGAAACAGCAGAUGAAAAUAAAGUCUUUUGCAGUCAAUACAUCAAGUUCCAUUUCAAGACCAUCCUCAGGAGAAGUUACUGGAGCAGAGACUACAACAACUCAAGCAGAAACACCGUCAAGUAUCACUGUUACAUCAGCACCACCAAUAUCUCUAGUGCCACCAACAGCAACAAUAAAACCAACCACCACCCCCACAACAAUUAAACGCUCUGGACCUAAAGCUAGUGUGCGGCCUAUAGCAGUUGCACCAACACAAAGCACACCCACCCCCACUGCAACUGUUUUACCAACAGUCACUUCCACCCCCUCAGAGGCUGUAAGUGUUGCUGGAACCAUAAGGGUGACAGGAACGGCAAUUUCUACAGCAAGCAGUGUGUCAACCUCUGUACCAACCACAGUGUCCGUUCGUCCAAUCACCAGUACUGUAGAAGUGCAGCAGCAACAGCCUUCUCAAGGAGAGUCUGAGGUGUCAUCCACUGAGGUGACAGCCAGUGAACAGCUGCAGCCUACUCCAUCUACAGCUGUGGUAUCAGGAAAGAGACAGAGAGAUGAAUCUCAAGUUACUGACAGAAGUGCAACUGAAGUCGUGGAAGGUACAAGUACAGAAGAUGAACCUCUGCCGAAGAAAAUCAGGACUGUAGAGCUUCAAGUGGAAGAUGAAGUUGGAACAUCACAAGAAGCAUUUGAAGACACAGCUGCAGAUGGCACAGGUGAUGAUCAACUUGAAGAAGAGGAAGAAGGAAAGGAAGAGUUUGAUUUUGAUGGUUAUGAUGGGGAAGAGGGUGAGGAGGAAGAAGACCAGGAGACACAAGAUUCUGGAAGACAAGAGGUGAUUCAAGAACCAGAGGUAGUUUUGAUUGAAAGUGAUGAAGAUGAAGAUGUUGAGGAAGAGAACCUUGAUGAAGGAGAAGAGGAGGAGGAUGAUGAAGAUUAUGUAGAGCAGGACGAGGAUUAUGCUGAGGGAGAGGUGGGUGAGAUGGAGGAAGAUGAUGAAGGUGAAGAUGAAGAAGCAGAGUACAUGGAAGGAGAGGUUGUUGAUGAAGAUGAUGAAGAUAUGGACGAAAAUGGAGAGGAUGAUCCAAAGCAAGAGGUGGUGGAAGUGAUCGAUGAUGAUGAAGAUGACAUGGAUGAAAAUGUUCGGGAAGCAGCAGCAAUUGAAGAAAGGCAGAUGGGAGAAGAGGAUGCUGGAGAGAUAGUAGGAGAAGAAGAUGUUGCUGAAGAAAUACAGGAUCAGAAUGAGAUUGAACAAGCUGAGACUUCUGACACAAAUGUAGAAAGAGAGAUUUCCACAACAGAGCAGCUUACAACAGGAGCUGCUGUUGAUAGUCAGUUAUUGGAAGGCGCACAGAGAUCUGUUACACCAACAACAUCAGUCACAAUUACACAACGUCUCCUGUCUGCUAGGUCCCAUUUGCCACCGUUUUCAUUUCCUCAGGGCCAACCAGCUCCAGGUCCAUUUAACGAAGAAGAAGACUGUAUGGUGCCCAGCACCCCUACACUGUAUGUACCAAAGAGAACUGAUGGUUUUGCUGAGGCUAUAAGCUCUCCACAAAUAAAUCGUUCAUCAUUCUCAUUUGCUGCACCUGGAGAGAGCUCUAUGUCAUCUGUAGGUGUUUUGGAACUUGGCAUGUCAGAAGAAGGGCUCCGUGUAGAUGACACACAAGUGGACCUUAUGGGGGGCUCAGAUGAAGCUUCUCAUGAGAGACCUUCCUUUGUAGUGCCUACAGGCUUACCAGAAGCAGUGGAAGCAAGUACAGCCAGCCAGUCCAACCAACGAAUCCCAAGCACUAGCUCAGACACAAGGCAGCUCUCAUUAGAAAGUUUGGAGAGUGAGACAGAAGCUGGCAGUAUUGCCACUGUCCCUGCCAUCAUGGUCACACCUGUUACGGAGGCAUCGGAGGAAUCAUCUGAGCAGAAUGUUCCUGUUUCUCAAGCUCAUCCUGAGGUUCUUGACACAGAAGUGGUGGAGCUGUUGGAAGAUGUGGAGGCACUGAAAGAAGGAGAGGAAGCUGAAGAACAAGAAGCAGUAGAAAAAGGAAGUGAGUUAGAAAUGAAAGAAUCACAAGAAUUUGCAUCAGAAGACAUUUCCCAGCCAAGUAUUUCAGGAGAACCUUCUAGGACUAGUGCUCAGUCUGCCUCAACAACAGGGGGAUCUGCAGCUAAAGCUAGACAAGAUCUAAGUAGGGGCAGAGGUUCAGUUGUGCAGUUAAGGAGGCCAGCCACAACAUCUACUUGGUCCACUACAAGGGGAGGUACCCAAGCUCAAAGAGGUACUUCAGCAUCAGGAAGAGUUCGUCGUCUAAGAAGGGAUCCUGUGAGAGGUCCUGGUGCUCAUCGUGGUCGUGGGACACAAAUGCCCCGUGGCAGGCAGGGCGGGACUCCAAGAGGAGGAGGACACGCAUAAAAUGACCUUGCUCAUGAUUAAAUUGUGUAACCUAGGAUCCUUUUUAGCUUUUGUACAGAAUAGGUUUUUUGGUUUUGUUAAAGAAUCUUGUAAUAAAGUUAACAUACAGUGUUUAAA